GGGUUUCAAUUUAGGGAUCCCAAAUAUUCUGCAUCAUAGUGAGAGCUUAUCCUCGCCGACGAAGAAAGCCCAUUUCUAAUAUUACCAAAAUGAAGAAAAUGGUGUUACAAUUGACAAUUGAGAACGAGAAAAGAAAGAGGAAGGCCCUCAAGGUGGUUGCAAAAGUAGAAGGGGUGGAUUCUGUGGCUGUGGACAUGGACGAAAAAAAGAUGACUGUAAUAGGGGAAGUAGACCCUGUGAAUGUUACAACAAAGCUCAGGAAAUCAGGUUUUUGUUUUGCAGAGUUGAUGAGCGUUGAGCUUACCAAGGAGGACAAAACUGAAGGGGGGAUUCAGGAUGUGGAGGUAGCAGAGAUCCCAAACGUUUUCUAUGUUCAAAGGCCUUAUUACGAUUACACUUAUGUCGAGAGGCCUUAUUAUGGCUACAGUUACGUCCAUGAUAAUCCCGGUGCCUGCACCAUAUGCUGAAUUCUUAUGUACUUUGUGUCUCAAUUAUACCAAUUUCCAGUUUCUGAUGUCACAUGUUUCUGAAUUGUUUUGAUUCCCGUUGGGAUAGAAGUUUUGUACGGGCCAACUCAGUCUGUAGGAGAUUUCGUUAACUACUUCAACAAUAGUUUAUUCCUUAUUUUUUCA